UCCCACACCCCAAACGACCCUACCUCCCAACUCCCACCUCUUAUUCCCUCUCUUUUCUCUGCCCAAAGCAAACCAAACACCGUUUUUCCCCUUUUCUCCUUUCAUUUUCAUUUUUCUAUACAAUAUAAAACAAGCUCUGGGGAUUUAAUAAUUGAAAUGGCGCCGAGAGAGAAGAUGACCUCCGCCACCGCCGUUAAAGUUAACGGCAACGCGAAGGAGGCGCAUUACAGAGGAGUGAGGAAGAGGCCGUGGGGAAGAUACGCCGCCGAGAUCAGGGACCCCGGCAAGAAGAGCCGCGUCUGGCUCGGCACCUUCGACACCGCUGAGGAAGCCGCCCGAGCCUACGACGCCGCCGCCAGGGAGUUCCGCGGCGUCAAGGCCAAGACCAAUUUCCCCCUCCCUUCCUCGGAGAAUAAUAAUAAUGCCAACGAGAACAUCAACGUCGGCGGCAGUAAGAACCAGAGCCCUAGCCAGAGCAGCACCGUCGAGUCCUCCAGCCGCGAGCCGGCUCUCAUGGUCGACUCCUCGCCGCUGGAUCUGAACCUCGGCCACGGAUUCACCUCCGCCGUCCGAUUCCCCUUCCAGCAGGUUCCGGCGGUGGGGACCGUUUUCGGCAUGCCGGUGCCGAACAACGUCCUGUAUUUCGACGCCGUUGUCCGCGCCGGGUUGCUGCAGAGUCACCAGUAUCAACGGCUGAGAUUCGAUCACCAGGCGGUGAGCGAUUUUCGCGCCGGUUCUUUCGCCGGCGGAGUCCAGAGCGAUUCCGAUUCGUCCUCCGUCAUCGAUCUGAACCAUCACGAUCUGCCUCGCCAUGGCCGAGUCCUUAAUCUCGACCUUAACCUCCCGCCACCGGAAGUUGCGUAGUUUUUUUCCCCCGAUCGUAACACAGUCGCCGGAGAUCGCCAUAUUUCGUUUCGGUUUUUUUAUUUUUAUUUAAUUUUUGGAAAAUAGAAAAAUAGCAAAAAAGAAAGAAAACGCAAAACAAGAAAAAAAGAAGAGGAAAUCCUCGAUAGCAGAGGGAUUAACGCUUUUUAUGUGAAUACACCGUCGUUAGCUGAUCUACUUUUUUUGCAACAAAAGAAACAACCGAGUUUCAGUCUGUUGUUAUCAGCUAGAAUUCUCUUUUUAAGAUGUAAUAUCUUAUUUCGGCAAUUUUUUUUUUUUUCCAUCAAUGAAACUGACACAGAAAAUCCCCUAUGGUGCUUUGUAUUUAA